AUGGCAUCGAGCCCACCGCUGAUCAUAUCCGAUACAGACAAGCGGGGAGCAGUUGUGGUAGUUGCUACUGUCACCCUUUCCUUCGUUCUGGUCGCAUUCCUAACGAGAGUGUAUGUGCGGCUAAAGGUCAGCGGGCCAUGGUCGUACGAUGAUACCACUCUUACAGUGGCGACGGCAAUCGGUGUGGCCCAAUCGACAGCUGUCUUCGUAGAAGUUCGAGAAGGUUUUGGUCGAACAGGAAGUGACUUGGACGCAGCUGCUAUUGCCCGCGUUGGGAAGGCCGACUAUGCAAGCAGUCUCCUAUACCUGAUCGCUCUAUGCUUGUCGAAAUGCUCCGUGAUAGCACUGAUUAUGCGCCUCACCGCUGUCAAGAUGCACAAACUUGUAGCAUGGGUCAACAUCGGAGCAUCCAUCGCAUGGGCGUUUAGCUCGAUUUUGGUCAUCACGAUCGCAUGCACGCCGGCCGGCUCUUUCACAGACUUGGAAGGACAGUGUAGUGGUCUCUUCUCCCGCUGGGCCUAUGUCGCCGCAGUGGACAUCGCUACCGAGGUUGCUAUCUUUGGACUAUCAAUCUACCUCGUUGCAGGUCUCAAGAUGGCGCUGAAGCUGAAAGCAACCGUCGUCAUGGCAUUCGCGGUGCGGCUUCCUGUCAUCGCUAUAGCUGCCAUACGGCUGCACUACCUCCACGACGAGGUAUAUUCUGAUGAUCCGACAUUGGUUGGCUAUAGCGCCGCAAUUUGGACGCAAGCAGAGGUGGCAUACAGUUUACUUGCGACGGCUGCUGCAUGUUUAGGACCAUUCCUCCGGCCAUUCACUCGACCUUACUUGGCCGAUACACGUUAUCAGGGCAGCCGAGGUAGGACCAUGCCGGAGGGCUAUGAUCUCAGCAAAGUCUCAAACAGCAAGAACAGCAAUAAGCACAGCGACUCGAGCAGGAGCGGAGGGCGACGAGGGCCAGCUGGUCAUCGAAAACAGAAGAGUGCCCAAUCUGACUAUUCUGAUUCUGAGGCACGAUUACGCCCAGACAUGGUCUCACACGCAAGUCACGUCUCGCAUUCGCGGCAGAGUCUUGACAGUCACGACAGCAAAAGGAUGAUAAUAACGAAGAACAUGGAAUGGAGGGUGGAGUAUGACGGCGGCGAAGGCUCGACCUCUCGGAGGAACGAGUCUGUGGAGAGCUCUUCUGCUUGA